AGAAAUGGUGUCGAUAGAACGGCUGUAAGAAAAACCGAUGAGGUUAUUGAAAUACCAUUUUUAAAAAGUCUACAGCAAAUGCUGAGUGACCCAUCUAUCUAUUAUGAGGUUGAGCACCCACAUCAGCGAGUUGAUGGUCUAUUGGCAGACUUUUGUGACGGAGAGGCAUUUAAGAAUCAUCCAUUGUUCAAAAGAUAUCCAACAGCACUACAAAUUUUAUUAUAUUAUGAUGAAAUUGAAAUUGUGAAUCCACUGGGAAGUAAGACUUCAAAGCACAAACUAGGUUUAUUCUAUUACACUUUGGGAAACAUUCGUCCUGAAUUUCGUUCGCAAUUAAAAACUAUUCAAUUGCUAGCUGUUGCAGCGAGACCCAUAGUAAAAAAAUAUGGAAUAAACACUAUACUGGAGACAUUUAUGGAGGAACUUUCCGAACUUGAAGAGGAUGAAGGGUUCCAUUGUACUAUCAAUGGGGAAGAGAAAAUCCUCAGGGGCACUAUAGCAUAUUCCUCUGGUGAUAAUCUUGGAUCUCAAGAAAUGGGAGGAUAUAAGAUAGGACCAGGUGCAAAUUUUAAGUGUCGGGAAUGUAUGGGUUCGGCUGACGAUAUUAAGACUAAAUUCCAUGAGAGGUAUUUUACAAUGAGGACACCAGAAUCUUAUGAUGACCAAUGUUCUCAGAUUGAAAACUCAGAUGAAGACAUAUCAAAACAAUUUGGAAUAUGCCAAGACUCUAUUCUAAAUCAGUCAAAGUAUUUUCAUGUGGUUGGAUCUCUGCCUGGAGAUGCAAUGCAUGAUGUUCUUGAGGGUGUGCUUCAGCUUGAAUGUAAAGAGUUCCUAAAGUAUGUAAUCUAUGAGUCAAAUUAUUUAAGUCUAGAUAAUUUGAACCAACGCAUACUAUCAUUUGACUAUGGUUAUUACAAUGACAAAAAUAAACCCUCAGGGAUCAAUCCAAGAACUAUGAAUGCUACAAACAAUACACUCAAACAAUCAGCUUCACAAGCGUGGUGCCUGGCCAGGUUCCUUCCAUCAAUAUUGGGAAGUAGCAUUCCAGAGGAGGAUGAAAAGUUUCAACUAUACUUACUUCUUCUUGAAAUUGUGGAGAUUAUCUUUUCCCCUCUUACAAGUUGUAGUCAAGCAAGUUAUCUUCAAACCUUAAUUGAGGAACAUCACAUCAAAUUUAAGGAACUUUAUCCAAGUGCAUCGAUUAUACCCAAAAUGCACUACAUGAUACACUACCCUAGGACAAUUACAAGUCUUGGGCCAAUGGUAAGGUCAUGGUGCAUGCGCUAUGAGUCUAAGCACACUUACUUUAAACAAGUCGCUAUUGCACUGGGAAACUUUAUUAAUGUACCAUACACAGUAGCAGAGAGACACCAAAAGAUGCAAAGUUGCCAGUUUCUUGAUGUAAAAGAACAGGGGUCCAAUUUUCUUAUGAAACCACUAGAAACUGGGCCAGGAUUUCAGUGUGUGGCUGCAGAUGAGGCUAACAAAGAAAAUCUCCAAAGGGCUGAUGGUAAUAUAAAAGAAGACGACUUGAUUUAUAAGCCAUCUUGGGUUAAAGUGCUUGGAACAAAAUACAAAAUCGGGGCAAUUAUCCACAUUGGAAAUGAUGACUACCUGCCACUAUUUGGUGUUAUAAAUAAUAUUUAUGUKUUAAGUUCAUSAAAUCACAGAGUCUAUUUUGAAGUGGAUUGCCUACACACACAAGAGUUUUCACCUGUUUACCGUACAUACAUUGUGCAGAAGCUUAUCCACCCAAAUGUGAUAGUCAUUCAACAAAAGAAAUUACAAUACUAUUUACCACUUCAUUUUGUUAAGCCAUUUGGGGAAAAUGAUAAUCUACAUAUAUCUCCAAAAUUUGAUAUUUAUAACAAUAAAUGAGUAUAUCAAUUGCAUAAUUGAUAUAAUAAUUUGUA